ACACAUCCAUUAUCAUCCAGACGCCAGGGAGUUUGAUGGUGAAGGCUGGUGAUACAGUGACCUUGAAAUGCUAUUUGGUUGAGCUUAUCACCUACUGCUACUUUGUGAUUUGGAUGAAAGUUGACCCCAGGAAUGGAACACUGACUAAGAUUGCAAACUUAAAGAUUGAUAACAACUCUGAGGAGGGAGAAGGGAAACAGGACAAACUAUGUUCUGCUUCAAUCGCCAACGCAACAGUGAGCGACUCAGGAAUGUACUAUUGUUCAGCUGUUCAAUCCGAAAUGAUCCACACGGGCAAUGGUUCUAGAGUUGUUGUGACAGAGAGAGAGAGAACACAGAACAUCACUGAAUCGCCAGCCAUCAAACUCCUCUCUCCAUCGGACGGUGACGGGUCUGUUGUGUUGACGACUCUAUACUACACAGCAGAGUCCUUCAUCCCUCUGCUGUGUUUGGUGUUGAAAGUGGUCCCGUCUCAGGUCCAUGUGUUCUGGCUCAUAGACGGGAGAGAGGACAGUGGACUAACUUCGUCCACUUGGACAGACAACAGUGAUUCAGCCACAGAGUUCACUAUGAACCAGAUUCUAGUCCAGGCAGAGGAGUGGGACAGAGGGGUGCAGUGUACGUGUGUGGUGGAGUUUGAGGGAAAUUCUAUCAACAAAACCCUGAUAAAGCCCAAUGAUUCCACUGGCAUGUGCACAAUGGUGCUGUAUUGGAUAUCUGCAGCUGCUCUCCUCACCAUUAUAGUGGCUGUCACUGUCGCUGUGUGUCGGCACCGUGGACAUCCCGUGGUUACUGAUGAGGAUACAAGACAAAGAGGCACAGGCACAGAGAGCAGGCAGCAUCAAUCUGGGAGACUCGGAGAAGCUAGAAAGGCAGUUAGAUCAUCCGUCUCGGAGGUCCAGUAUGCGACUUUGGACCACAUCCAGUUUGGGAGACGCCCAAAUACAAUUAUCCAAUAA